AUGAAUAUUGUGCGGACCCCAUCUGUGGCUCAGACUGGCAUUUCGGAGGAGGUGUUGGACAGUCUGGCUCAGCAGACUCCUGUGGGCAGUGCUGCUGUGUCCUCGUCUGACUCCUUCACACAGUUUGCACAGAUGUUGGACAACUUCUACAAUUGUGCUUCAUCAUUUUCUCUCUCUCAGGCCCAGAUGACACUAAAUCCAUCUGAAAUGUUCAUCCCAGCAAAUGUGAAAUGGUAUGAAAGCUUUCAGAGACAACUGGCACCGAACCCUCUCUUUUGA